AUGAAGGAUAUUCUGUCGAGUUCGAAUAGUGAUGAAGUUGAUGUAAUGAUGAGUAGAAAUUGCCGUGAUAUUGAAGAUGAUACUAUUGAGACUGAUUCUGGAGUGCAACAAGAUGAUAUGAAUGUGGAAGAUUGUGUGAAUGUGGAAGAUGGAGUGGAUGUAGGAGAUGGAAUUAAUAAUAUUUCCAGUUCAAGUAGUGGUGUUUUUGAGCCAUUCGUUGGGAAGGAGUUUGAUGAGGUAGAAGACGCCCAAGCAUUUUACAAGGCGUAUGCAAGACGAACGGGUUUUGCAACGAGGACCAACCAUACUCGAUUAUCAAAAGAGGACAGAAAACUAAUUCUAGUAGAGUAUGUUUGCUCAAGGGAAGGAUUUCGGCGUGAAAGUCAGAAACAAAUUGAACGAAAAAUUCCUGAACCUGCUGAAACAAAAAUUGGGUGUAAAGCAACGAUGUGUAUAAAAAAGGAUUGUGAAAAGUGGACAGUAUGCAAGUUUGUCCGUGAACACAACCAUGAGCUACUUACACCGAGAAGCACGAGUUUGCUUCGUGGACAUAGAUGCGUAACACGUGUCCAAAAAAAACUCAUUCUCACUUUAAAUGAGUCCGGUGUACCGACAAGGAAGAUAAUGUCGGUGUUGAGCAAAGAAUCAGGUGGUGAUUUUAACAUUGGAUGUAUUGGUAAGGACGUCGAGAAUUAUUUGGGAAAUAAAAGAAGGAAAUUAUUUAAAGAGGGAGAUGCACAAAGGUUGUAUGCCUACUUUCUUGAUAGGCAGUGUAAAGAACCUGGGUUUGUGUAUUCCAUGCAAGUUGAUGAGAAUGGGUGUAUGGGAAGUUGCUUUUGGGCAGAUGCAAGAUCAAGGGCUGCGUAUCAAUAUUUUGGGGAUGUUGUCACUUUUGAUGCGACAUAUUUGACAAAUAUUUAUAAGAUGCCGUUUGUCCCAUUUUCAGGAGUUAAUCAUCAUCACCAAACAAUCAUGUUCGGUUGUGCAUUGUUAGUUAAUGAAACAGCUGAAUCAUAUAUUUGGCUACUGAGAACAUGGCAAGAGGCUAUGCUUGGGCGUGCCCCUUCAACCAUAAUUACUGAUGAUGACAAGGCGAUGGCGAAGGCCAUUGGUGUGGUACUCCCAAAUACAACUCAUAGGUUGUGCCUAUGGCAUAUUUUGCAAAAAUUCCCAGAACAUUUGGCACAUGUGUAUAACAAGUUUCCGGACUUUCAAAAAGAUUUCCGUCAUUGUAUCCAUGAGACAAUUACGACUGAUGAGUUUGAGCAAGAAUGGAGCUCAAUACUAGGGAAGUAUAGUCUACUAGAUAAUGAUUGGCUGCAAAAUCUUUAUAACCGACGAGAUAAGUGGGUUCCAGCUUACUUACGAACCACGUUUUGUGCUGGUAUGUCAACAACUCAAAGGAGCGAAAGCAUGAAUAAAUUUUUUAAAGAUUAUGUUCGUUCAAGCACGAUGGUGAGUGAUUUUGUGCAUCAAUAUGAGAAAGCCUUAGAUGCACGUUAUUUCAAGGAGAAAGAGAAGGACGUGCAAACAAAAUCGACACGGGCUGUUAUGAAAACUUUAUGGAAAAUUGAAUCAGAUGCAGCCUCAGUCUAUACAAGGAAGUCCUUCAUGAUCUUCCAGGAUGAGCUCUUUAAUAGCCAACGGUACAUUCCAACCAAAGUUGGAAAAGAGGGUGAAAGAAGGAUAUACGGAGUCAUACCGAAUGGCAAAGAGCAACCUAUUUAUCAUGUGACCUUGGAUAGUGGAGAUGCGAAGGCAAUAUGCACAUGCCAUAUGUUUGAGUUUGUGGGGAUUCUUUGUAGGCAUGUUCUAUGUGUCCUUGGGAAGAAAUCGAAAUUAGAAAUACAACCACCUCUCUCUUGCCUUAGACAAGGUCCACAAGGAGUUGCUCUUUAUGGAAGAUAUUGA